ACUUAAACAAACAAAUAAUUAAAAUAAUUUUUGUGUAAAAUUUAGAAAAUACUUAAAAAAAAAUAAAAUGAUCCGAAACAGUGUGGACAUGAUUCGAAGGUGUUGUUCUUACGGUUCGGGGCUCGAGAAUAGUAGCCAAGGAGAAAAAGAAAAAGAGGACUUCAAUGAACAGAAAAUUAAUGAGGAGUUAGAGAGACACUAUGUAGAAUUGAACAAUGCUAAAAAGUUACUCUUGCUAGGUACUGGCGAGGCCGGCAAAUCCACCUUCUUCAAACAAAUGCAUAUCAAUUACGGCGGAGGUUUUUCAACUGCCGCUCGUCUGGAAUAUAAGCGAGUCAUACAUCAGAAUAUUCUGACAGCGAUGCAGUCGAUGCUGAAUGCCAUGAAUGUGUUGCGAAUAUCAUACGAUAAAAUAGAAAAUGCGCUGAUGGCAAAUAGCAUUUUGAUCGCCAAUGUUGAAGCCGUAACAGAAAUGGAUGAUAUGACUUUGUCAGCCAUAAAAUGUCUGUGGGCCGAUACGGGGGUACAACAAUGCUAUGAACGACGAAGAGAAUAUCAGAUAAUUGAUUCGGCGAAAUAUUUCCUUGACAUGUUGGAUCGUGUCACACGGCCCGGUUACAUACCCACAGAUGAUCACAUAUUGCGUUCACGUGUUGUUACGACUGAAAUAGUGGAGCACGUUUUCGAUACACAGCAAAACAAAACGAAACGUACUAGUAACAAACGGCCGCUACUACGAGUAAUAGAUGUCGGUGGACAACGAUCUGAACGACGAAAAUGGCUGCAGUGUUUCGAUGAAGUGACAGCUCUCAUAUUUCUAGCAUCGCUCUCAGAAUACGAUCAGACAUUAAGCGAGGCCAAAGGUUUGAGCCGUAUGGAGGAAUCCAAGAGCCUCUUUCGUGCCAUUUUAUCAACGAGCUAUUUUCGUAAGUCUUCGAUUAUUCUAUUUUUAAAUAAACAAGAUUUACUGGAAGAGAAAAUAAUGACCUCGCACUUAGUGGACUACUACCCGGAGUAUGAAGGUCCCAAACAAGAUGCGGACAGUGCAAAAUAUUUCAUACGCCAGAUGUUUGAGGCAAUGGUGGAUAAAGACCGUAAAAUUUAUACACAUUAUACAUGCGCCACGGAUACGAGAAACUUUCGCGUCGUAUUUCUGGCGGUGCAGGAUACAAUAAUGAGCCAUUACCUUGAAGCAAUAGGCAUCAAUUAAGCUGCGGCCUUUAUGUCUAAGCGAAAAAGUCUGUAGAAAAAUUUGUAAUUUUAAAUUUUCCAUUAUUUAUUGUAAGAAAUAUUAUGUUAAUUAUAUUAUAUAUUGCAUUAUGUUCGCUUAACAAUUACAUAUUUUUAAUUUGUAUAAAGUAAAUAAUUAUAAAUCAGUACUAUUUCGAAAAUGUGAA